GGGCGCAUGCGCGUGCGCGUGCGCAGAGGCUGGAGACUAGGUUCUCUGAGAUUGGAGAUGGCGGCGGCCGAGGACGCUUCGCCGCAGCCGGCGACUUCAGAGCAGCCGGCGGAGCUGCCUGCCUCCGUGCGGGCGAGCAUCGAGCGGAAGCGGCAGCGGGCGCUAAUGCUGCGCCAGGCCCGGCUGGCGGCCCGGCCCUACCCGGCGACGGCGGUUGCGGCUACCGGAGGCAUGACCAAUAUAAAAGCAGCCCCAAAGAUAAUUGAUACACAUGGAGGCUUCAUUCUGGAAGAGGAAGGAGAAGAACAACAUACAGUUGGAAAAGUUGUUCAUCAACCAGGACCUGUUAUGGAAUUUGAUUAUGCAAUAUGUGAAGAAUGUAGUAGAGAAUUUAUGGAUUCUUACCUUAUGAGCCACUUUGAUUUGCCAACUUGUGAUAACUGCAGAGAUGCUGAUGAUAAACACAAACUUAUAACUAAAACAGAAGCAAAACAAGAAUACCUUCUGAAAGACUGUGAUUUAGAAAAAAGAGAACCACCUCUUAAAUUUAUUGUGAAGAAGAAUCCUCGUCAUUCACAGUGGGGUGAUAUGAAACUCUACUUAAAAUUACAGAUUGUGAAGAGGGCUCUAGAAGUUUGGGGUAGUCAGGAAGCAUUAGAAGAAGCGAAGGAAGUUCGACAGAAAAACCGAGAGAAAAUGAAACAGAAGAAGUUUGAUAAAAAAGUAAAAGAAUUACGGCGAGCAGUAAGAAGCAGUGUAUGGAAAAAGGAAAUGGUUGCUCACCAACAUGAGUAUGGACAAGAAGAAAACCUAGAAGAUGACAUGUAUCGGAAGAUUUGUACUGUAUGUGGCCAUGAACUGACGUAUGAGAAGAUGUGAUUUUUAGUUAAAUGAUCUGUUUCAGAGUUUUAGGUUUAGAUACAAGAAAUUUACAUUGAUCUUAUUCAAAAUUCACACAAAAAAUACCUUUAGAGGUGAAAUAGUUGUGUAAGUAAUGCUUCAGUACUAAGUAUGUAUGUUAUCGCUUAAGAGCAAGUGUCAGCUCAGGUCUGCAAGUCUGCUUGUGGGCUAAAUACUGGGUCUAAUAAUUUUUUUCUGGUACAGGGAUGGGAGCUUAGUGGUACAGUACGUUUAAAAAUGUUAAGUGAGAGCUAAAGUUGAGAAAUAAGAAACCAAGGUAAACCUUCGAUUGGGGUAGGAGGAUGAGUUUUAGUAAAGGCAAAAGCUGGCUGUUGUAUUAGAUUCUUAUUCCAAGAAACAACAGGGAUGGUGGUAAACCCUGCCAAGUCAGCGAGAAAGGAGCUGUUACUGGGACAAGUCCUGGUUAAUAAUAGGAAAAAAGAAUGAGCUGUAGGCGCCUGACCAUGUAUUCUCUAUUUGUAGGGUUUACUAUAGGCCCUAAUAGUCAUUAGAUAGCUCUGUUCAAACCUGGAUUAAAAUGGAGAAACAGCAAGGAAGGUAAUUACAGUAAGUUUAUCAUAUCUUGCUAACAUUUACUGAGCACUUAAGUGCCAGGAAACCAUUAUGCUAGGUGCCUUAUAGAUAACCUAAUUUUAUCCUGGGAGGGAGGGAAGACAGCUUGCUUCUCUGUUUAUUUAGCACUUGGAAAGGAAAUGAUAAUAAAAAACCUGACAAAGGCAAAAGUCAAAACAAAACAAGUUAAACCCAAAGAGGGUUGACUGUAAUUACUCAUUAUUCUCUUUAUAAGUAUUCAAUACAGAAAUGCUAAAUAUA